GGCGGUAAUACAGGCAGAGGCUCGGGGGCAGGAGUCAGAGAUCGCCCGGCCGGCUCCUCUCUACCCCGCUAGCUGCAUCCCGGGGCACAAUCGAGUUUUUUUUUUGUACCCUGGGCGUCCUUGAGCUCUAAGGAGGCAGACGGCAAAAAUGAGCCACCUGAGCCACCCUUACCUCAGCCCCCUGUCUACAUACAACAGCCUCACCGACAAACACCUGACUGGAUAUUUCAACAACACGCGAAUAAAAAGACAUCUGCAAAGAGCUGGCCUGAUUACGAGAAGCGGAAGGAUUUUAACUGAGAAGGAAUACAGGAUAAACGCCAUGCGGCGAGACCAUCAGAGGUACAUCCGCGAGUGCCUCGCCCAGGCCAUAUUCCACAAAGUCCUGGAUAUGGAGCGUCACCACCAGAUCGAAAUAAGACGGAAACUGGAAAGUUUUGCAAAAAAAGAACAGGUUCGAAGAAAUAAGGCGGAUCACGCGAAGAGACCUGAAGAAGACGCUCUUCCCGUAUUCCCUCCUCGGCCACCAGCUGGACCAAAAAGCAGCCUGAACCGUCACGCGGCGACACAAGCGGAGGGUUCAGAUACAUCAGAAUCAGCGUCCUCGCCGCGGCCAAACACAGCUCCAGGGAACAUGCAGCGCCCCGUACGCCUGCAGCCGCUGAAAGGAAGCCCCCCAAAGACGUCUUCAGGAUCGAGGCAAAAAACGGAAGAUACAAACUUUCAUUUCUCCAGAGAGGUGGACCGAGAUAUAAUGAAGCUGAUGAGCACGUGGGAUCACUCCGUGGGGAUAUCUCCCUAUCGACUUCCUAUUAUUAAUAACUAUGUGGUCCCAGCUCCGCCGCCCCCGAAAAAGCGUCCCAAACAGGCAAUGAGCCAAUCUUUGCGAGGAAGGCGUUUCCGGCCCGCCACGGCUCCUAACGGACAGGAGGAAUCUCCCAAGGAUUCAGGGAAAUUCCACAAAAACUCCUUACACAGUAAUGCAUCGAUCACAAUGGUUUACCUCGGGAAAAAAGUCCAUUUAUCUCAUGAGGAUAACGACUACAGAGACGAAAUUAAAAUCUUCCAGCAGCACUGCGGGGGAGAAAACCUCUGUGUGUUUAGAGGAAGACUUCUAGAAGGAGAGUCCUUCGGUUUAAUCUCGAGACGGCAUCGCGGGUUCCCUUUCAGCCUCACGUUUUACAUUAACGGCAUCCAGGUGGACCGAUUAAGCUCUUGUUGCGAAUAUAAACAUCGUAAGGGGGCAAGACUCGGGGGGAAAAAUGGAAAUUUUGGAUUUAUAAACGUCGAAGGAGCCUCCCCUUGCUACAGGUGCAUCAUUGCAAUGGGUCUUGAUAAAAAGCCCUCACCCCCUCCAAAGAAAACAGAAGACGAGGAGGAAGAAAGUGAGACGGAGGAUAAGAAUGAAGAGAAAGAGGACAGGUCCGUGAUGGACUGCGAUGGAAUCGAUGAAAAAGAUUCGGAGGAGAAGAGAGGCAGAGCGAGUCCGUCAAGCUCCUCCUCGAGCGACAGCGACGAACCCGAGGACAAAUCGGACAUGGAUUAUGAGGAAGAAAGAGAGGAGGAAAAAGAAGACGAGGCGGAGGUGUACGAAGCCGACGACGAAGCCAAAGACGAGUACGAUGAAGAUUUUGAAGCGGAAGAAGAGAAAACAGAUGAAAAACUUAAUGACAAAGGACAGGUUGAUGAUCAAGCGGAUAGAAAGUCAAAGUCGCCCUCGUACGAUGAAAAAGAUGAUCUGGAGCAUGAAGGAAACGGUAACGAGGCAUCAAAGCAGAGACCGGAGACUCCCGACAGUCAGAGAGAUGAAAGAGUCGGCCGGUCUGACAGCGAACAUGAAGGGAAUCAACAACGCAAACGUAGCACGGCUGAGGAAGAAAUGAACUCAGCUGCAAGAAAAAUCCAAAGUCUUUAUAGAAAACGUAGAAUUCAUCAAGAGAACAAUCAGAACACGAGAGCAGAUACGAAAGACAACAGCGAGUCGUCAUCAUCCGCAAGCUCGGUGUCCAGCAGCUCCAGCGAAGAUGAGUCCGGUGAUGAUGGUGAUGAUGAAGAAACAGCUAGGAGCGCUGGAGUCGCCAAGAAGCAUCCGGACAGGGAAGCCGAAAGACUUUCUCCAGCCGGUGCGAAGAAGCAGGCAGAAGAUGGGGGUCAAGUGGAAGAAGAAGAAAAGGAGGAAGAAGAAAUGGAAGAGACACACGAGGCCACAAUGCAACUCGGUGAUAUCGUGCAAGCCUCCCGGCCACAAAGUGCCGGAGAUAACCUGGAAAAUGAUCAUCGUCCCUCAGAAAAUAACCUGAAGGAGGGCGAUGAUCUGGUGGACUCGGAAAAGGCAACAACAGAGGCUGAAGGUGGUUUAGACCCUUUGGAGAAUGAGGAGGAGGACUGCAAGUCAGUCCAAGAGAAAAUUGCAGAGGCCAUUGGGCAGGAGGAAAGUUCGGAACCGGAAUCGAGUGAUUCAAGCACAGACGAGGAGGAGAACGCUAAAAGACCACUCAUUCCUUGUAAAUCAUUGGAUGAAAAAGGUGAACUAGAUGCCUCAGGACAAAGACAUGAUUUGGGAAAAGAGAAUAAGGAGAUCGAUGAACGUUAUCCUAAUGAGACAAUUCAGCGUGAAAAGGGGAGUCCGAUAGCAACAGAACGGAGACCUUCAUCGCAGUCACUGUUGGUGGAAGAUCCAGAAAAUGUUAUAAAAGAGGCCAACACUUUGGAUCUAGAAAUGACAGAAACAAAAGAGAUGAUGGCAGACAACACAGUGAUGGAGGAUGAGGAGAUACUCAACGACUUAAAGAUUAAACCUGAAAUCAAUGAGGAAAUGGACAUCAAUGACGACAAUAAUAAUAAUGACAUAUGGGGAAGCCAAAACACUUCAGAAAAUAUAGGAAAUGGAGCAUUUAAUGAUGAUCUCCUAGAAGAAAUAGCAAAUAUGGAUUUAGAGGUAGAGCAGAUAGUAAGAAGCGAUCUAAGUGAGGAUAAGGAUAUGGGUGAGUUGACUAAUAACGAGAUGUUAGAUCCUAUUGAAAUAUUGUCUAAAGAAAUGGAAGCCGAGGAAGUGCAAUCUCCAAAGGAAGACGUGUUAUCGGAAACUAUGGUGGACGCCGCUUAUUCUGCUCUUAACGCAGCUUUGAUGAAUCACACAGAGCAGACAUUGUCAAAUGUAGAAGAAGAAAAUGAGCAGAAUGAGGAUGUCCAUGAAGAGUUGGUCAUAGAAAGUGAUUUGGCCGGCGAGCUCAGGGAAAUGCCUUUAGUUUCAUCUCAGGCUUGUAUGUCAGAUAUAGAUUCUGCAGAAGGAGCAGAAAAGAACCAAGGAAGAGCAACCGGUGAUGCAGAAAGCUUGGACAAGGAAGGUAAUUCAAUACUCAUGAAAGAAACAUUGGAGCAGAAUGAAAAUGUGACAGGUGUAGGGACUGUACAGGAACGUGACCUGGAUACUUGGAUGGAUAAGAUAACAGAGAAUGAAACCAAUGAGAGAGACUCAUCUACUAACGACACUAAGGAAACAGGACAGACAAUUCCAAAUGAAGAAGAACAUGGGGAGAAUGAAAAUGGUGAAGUGAUCACAACAGCUGAUGUGAGUGAGACGGUGAAUGAAGUAGCGUUGGAAGUUGAAGAACAAGAAUUGGUGAAUGAAGUAGUGUUGGAAGUUGAAGAACCAGAAUUGGUGAAUGAAGUAGUGUUGGAAGUUGAAGAACAAGAAUUGGUGAAUGAAGUAGUGUUGGAAGUUGAAGAACAAGAAUUGGUGAAUGAAGUAGAAGCGGAAGUUGAAGAACAAGAAUUGGUGAAUGAAGUAGAAGCGGAAGUUGAAGAACCAGAAUUGGUGAAUGAAGUGGAAGUUGAAGAACAAGAAUUGGCGAAUGAAGUAGUGUUGGAAGUUGAAGAACAAGAAUUGGCGAAUGAAGUAGUGUUGGAAGUUGAAGAACAAGAAUUAGUGAAUGAAGUAGUGUUGGAAGUUGAAGAACCCACAUUAGAAUGUGACAGUCAUCUAGAGAAGAAACCAUCUGAUCAUGAAGAGGAGGAAAGUCAUGAAGGAGACGAGGCCACUGAAAAUGCAGUUAGUGCUGAAAACAAAAAUCCUGUGGUUUCAAUGGGGAUAAAAGGUGAGCAAGGAGUUGAUAACCCAAUUGUGGAUGGGACUGAAGCAGCAGGAGAUACAGAGAAUGAGGAACUGGUACCUACUGACUUUUCAUGUGAGGCAGCAGUAGUUACGAAUGAUGAAGGGCCAUCUGCAGAUGAGAUAAAAGCCCACGAGAUUACUGAUGACUUGGGGAAUAAAGAUGAGUCUUCUAAGAAGGUGGGUGAAUUAGCUCUAUGUGAGGCAGGGGAGACAAUUAAUAAUACUGAACAAUUUGAUGAGGUUGGAGUUGGGGAGGAGAAAGGGGAUACUGGAAAGGAGUCCAGUGAGAUAGACGAUCGAAAAGCCGAUAAUGAAAAAACACUAAGCACUAUUAUCCAGGAAGAAGGAAUAACACGUAGCGAUGCAGAUAUUCAGGAAAAGGAGGCCACGGAUAAUGAGGAAAAAACUAAGGACGAUGAUCCCAGUAAUACUGAGAUAGAAUGUGCAUCUCAGGGAAUACGUACGGAAAAAGACAUUUCCAAUGAUGACGUCUCCACGAGUAAUAAUGUCGAGUGUAGUAAUGACGUUAAAGCAGAUGGAAAAGUAGAAAUCGCUGAUGACGGUACUGAGAAGGAAAUUAAAUCAGGUGGUGGCAGCUUGGAGGUGGAUCCUGAUACGGUUGGUUACCAUACUGAGAAGGGCCUUGAACCAUCUCAUGAUGUUACCGAGAAGGAACUUAAAUCGGUAGAUGACCACACUGAAAAAGACCUUGAAUCAACUGGUGGAAGCACAGAAAGGGACCCGGAAACUUCUGGAAAGAGUGCGGUGAAGGAAAUUGAGUUAACGGGUGACAGAAUUGAAAUGGAAGAUAUCUCUGGGGGAGAAGGUGUAUCCGAUGAGGUUGGCAAAGAAAAGGAAGAAGCGGUCUGUGAAGGAGACAGUGAGAGGGAUGAGGAAAAUAGAGUUGAGAAUGAAACGGAGGAAAGCAAUGACAAUUCUGAAAAUGUAGCUGCUACCGAGACCAGUAAGACGGAUCCUCAUGUGCUUUCUGGAGAACAGGAACUUUCUGGCCAUGUGGCAGCUGUCGAUCUAGAAAAAGAUACGGAAUCUGGUAAUGAGAAGAUGGAGCAGACAGCCAGUAGUGAAGAUGCAGAAGAAAGUAAGAGAGGGGACGAAUCCAAUCUAAAGAAUGAUGAUGAAGCUUGUCUUACAUGUGAGGAAGACGCCGCAGAGGAGGAUCCUAUCUCCAAUUUUGAUGAUCAGCCUACUACCACGAACAAAGAGGUGGAAGAGAUCGAUAGAAAUAAGGCCGUAGAAGACAGGAGCCAAUUACUGGAUGGGGUCAAGCUAUCUGUAAGCAUGCAGGACAGUGCUUUCCAGGAUAAAAAGCUGGAUACGGCGGCAGAAGUUGAAGAUGAAACGCCAAGAGCAGAAACUGCCAAAAAUGUCCCCGAAGAAGAACCAGAAGCCGUUCUAAGAGGAGCCGAGAUUACAGAUGGUCCAGUUGCUUUGGGAGAAGAAGGUCAUGAUGCAGUAACCGCGGAGGAAGUAACUGAAAUGAAAGAAAGUGACACAGAAAAAACACAGGAGAUACCAGCCGGUGAUGAAAUGGCAACCAAUGAUAUUUCAUCAAUGAAGACAAAAGAAGACAUUUCGGAGACCACAAAAGAAGACAAUCAAGCAGAAGAACAUUCUCCACGUAGCUCAGCUAAUGACGAGCAGUGA